AUGCUGUUCGCCGUUGCUGCCCUCGCCCUGCUCCUGGUGGAUGUCAACGCUCAACUUCAAGAAUGUCAUCUCAGCCCAGCUGUGCAGGAAGUAUAUGAACAGUUCUUGCUCAAGGCUAAUCCAGGCCUGAUAUGGAAUGAUGCCAUGUCGAGCCAGGCUUUGCGAGAAUUAGAAGAACCAGGAAGUGUACUGAGACCCGGGGCACCUUACAUACACUUUGGCGCUGAAAGGACCUUCGAGGAUAAAGAAAAGCCAUUUUCAAUUCCGAAAAAAACGCGUUACACCCUUUUUAAGAUGGUCAAAUUCUGGAGAAAGAUCCACGGACUCAGCGAAGGUGUGAACUAUGGAUGCAAUGGCGUGUACACAUCUGAAAACAACAAAGACAAAAUGAAGGUUCUGUGUCUCUUCCAGAACUACUAA